AUGGCCGAUGCUCUGCAGAUUUCCAAGCCCCUCUGCAGCAGCUGCUGGAGGAACAGGGGCUUGCGGCUACAGGACUCCUCCACUUUUUGGGAGGUCAUCAGUGAUGAGCAUGGGAUCGACCCCACUGGCAGUUACCAUGGAGACAGUGACUUGCAGCUGGAGAGAAUCAAUGUGUACUACAACGAAGCUGCUGGUAACAAAUACGUACCUCGGGCCAUCCUGGUGGAUCUGGAGCCAGGCACCAUGGACUCGGUCAGGUCUGGACCAUUUGGCCAGAUCUUCAGGCCAGACAACUUCGUGUUCGGUAUGUAGUCCUGAUCCAUGGCAAAUGGCUCAGUGAGUCUCCUUUCUCAACACUGUGGAAAUCAUCGUUCUUGGUGCUGAAUGCUAAGGUGGAGAUUGUGUGUCCAUGGACAGCCUUGGGUCCUGGCCACUUCUCUGGCCCCUCUCUGGGCAGCUCAAAGAGCUGCCAGCCUGCAGAGGGCUUCUAUGGUGCUCCUACUACAGAGCAGCCCGUGGCAGUAAAGAAUACUGAGCAGUGAUGAACCUUCCAACAGGAAGGUUAACAGGCUGCCGGUAAUGUCAGAGGGCCCGAGACAGCAGGUAACCACUUCAGGCAGCCAAAGGCCAAAGGCACAGGUUGUGACCAGAAGUGGAGACAGCAGCUUGGAGCCCAUCUUCUUUUUGGAUCAUAUUGUACC